AUGUCUCAGGGAAGAGGCAGUGUUGGUAAAGCCAUGCUCAUCAUGGUUGCACUACUUUGCUUACUAGUUCACUCUGCCCCGGUUCAUGCGGCAACGUAUACAGUCGGAGAUGCGGAUGGCUGGAUCUAUGACGUGGUUAACUGGCCUAAUGGAAAGACCUUCAAGGCUGGUGAUGUCCUAGUGUUUAACUACUUGCCAGAGGUUCACAAUGUGGUUGAGGUUGAUAUAAAUGGCUACAAUAGGUGUAAGGCUCCUGCAGGUUCAAAAGUCCAUAAUAGUGGAAAUGAUAAGAUAACUCUGGUUAAAGGUACCAACUCCUUCAUCUGUACCUUCGAGGGGCACUGUCUUCAAGGGAUGAAGAUCACCGUGACUGCAAAAUAA